AUGCACAGAUGUAAUGUCAUAUAUAAAUACUGUAUUUCAAAACUGGCCAAAUUAAUAAUAAUAAUUAAUAAUCAAUUUAAAUGUGUUUUUAUUUCUCUAAAAGGAGGUGUCAAGGGAAAAACCUUAAUUGAUAUUGGACAUGGACCUACCAUUUAUCAGGACCUGUCAGCUUGUGAAGCUUUUGAUGAGAUCAUUGGAGCAGACUAUACUGAUCGCAACAGAGAGUACUAUGAACGAAGUCUUAGAAAUGAGCCUGGAACAUUUGACUGGACUGGAGCUAUACAAAAAGUCUGUGAUCUGGAAGGAAAAGGAAUGACGGUAGAGGAGAAGAGAAAGAAACUGCAAAAUAAGGUGGAGAAGACCAUAAAAUGUGAUGUUUUGAAAAGCAACCCAAUGGAGCCAUUAGUUCUGCCCAAGGUUGACUGUGUCCUGACUUUUGGAUGCUUAGAGUGUGCUUGCAGUGACCUUGAUACCUAUCGCAGAGUACUUAAAAAUGUUGCAUCUUUGAUAAAAAUAGGAGGGCACCUGAUUGUAAGUGAAAUUCUUAACUGUAGCUCUUACCUACUUGGAGGCAAGAGGUUCUCCUGUUUGGUGUUGACUGAGGAGUUUAUGAGAAGUGCCAUUAUUGAGGCAGGCUUUUCCAUUGUGGAUUUGGAAGUCAUCCACAGAGAGUAUGAUAAAGAGCAAUAUGAGCUCUGUAACCAUGAUUCCAGCUUGUUUGUGCUUGCACGAAAACAGCGAGAUGUUUAA